AUGCAUUCUGUUUUCUCCAUUCUGCUCCUGCUGUUGGCCGUGGCGAUUACGGUAGUCGAGAGCCGCGGCCGUCAAGACAAUACAUGCAACGGGGAAAAAUGCGAAUGGUGGCAAUUUUGCUGUGCGACGCUGCAAGAGUGCUUGAGAGCGAAAAGCUUUGCGCCGGGGCCAUAUGCAGUUCAUUAUCUACUACUGCUGCUUGUUGUUGUACCUGCGGUAUCGCUGGACUGGUGUCUUGACGAUAGCCAGUGCGCCGGUGUGGAUGGCUACUGUUUCAUUAACCGGUGCUCAGUGAAGGUCAACGGAGUUGCGACCGAUCGCCUUUGCGCAGGCGGACGGCUGGUGUGUGGUGAUGGUGAAUUCUGCUGUAAACUCCCGCACGUGGCGGACGGCGGCUACUGCGCAAAAGUCGUGGAUGGUGGUUGCCUUGCAGGAAAA